CUGUAGUCCAUAAGAUAAAACUGAAUAAUCAAUUCGUCCUUGAAGAAUACGGAGCGCAGUCCAGCACUCUGAAUCGACGAUUUUCGACUCUUAUUGGAGUCUCAUCGGAGAGAGGUAGGCCUGCUGCUUCAUACUCGAAGUGACCAACCAUGAAAGCGUACCCCCACAUUGCAACUGACGUGUAUGGAUUAGGUGUCUAGCGUCAUCUGGCAAUUGAAAGAUCAAUCCAAGAUCACAAAAUAAUGAAGGUAUUGUUAUUUAUUUUGAGUAUACCCACUACUUUUGGAUCAAAUAUUCUAAUGAUAGAUGAAAUUUUAUCGCCAAGUCAUCAAAUAUGGAAUUAUGUAUUGGUUGAAGCCCUUCUAGAUAAAGGACACCAUGUCACUCUGAUCGGACCGAAAACGAUAGAUGUUAUUGUGCAUAGUAAUUUUACCAUGUAUGAGUUAGAAGACUUGCAUAAAGCUGUAGAAGAGAUUAUGGACCCCAAUGAAAUUCAACAAUAUGGUAUAUAUGGAAAUCUUAAAUUACUGUACGAAUACACUGACAAUACUUGCUUCCAUAUUUCAAAAUCACCGACCAUACAAAAAUUGAUACAAGAAAAUAGAAACACCAGGUUUGAUCUUAUUGUCAUUGACAUGUCAUUAGGAGGUUGUCUUUUGCCCGUGAUAGAAAAGUUUAAUUAUCCUCCAAGUAUUGCGGUGUGUCCUUUUCUUUUGGUACCAUAUUUAUCAGAGCUAUUUGGAAACAGCGUACACCCAGCAUUUGUUCCACAUAUGUACUCAAAGUUCACCAGCAAGAUGAGCUACUUCGAAAGAAUACAAAACUAUGUAUACACAUAUGGGGAAAUAUAUCUGUGGUCCCGAAUAUACAAAACAAGGCGCACCGAAAUCGCCAAAAUGGCCUUUGGAGAAGAUGUAGCUCCCAUUGAAAAAUUGGAGAGGCAUUUAUCGCUGGUGCUGACCAAUAUUAUAAUGGGUUUUAACUAUGCGAGACCUUUAACGCCAAACAUUAUUCCUGUUGGAGGACUGCAUAUUCGACCUGCUAGGAAACUACCUAAUGAUAUUGAACAAAUAAUAACGAGAUCCAAGCAUGGAGUUAUAUUGUUUGGUUUUGGAACAAACAUAAGAACAUCUGAUCUCAAUGCAGACAGAGUGCGAGCGAUUCUAAAGGCGUUAUCCAGACUAAAUGAAACAGUUUUAUGGAAAUUUGACGGUGAGAUUAAAGACAUACCAAAAAAUGUUAUUUUAAGAAGCUGGUUACCGCAAAGCGAUAUACUAGCGCAUCCAAAAACAAAACUAUUUAUUAGCCACUGCGGUGCUCUUAGUACAAAUGAAGCAGUUUAUCGUGGAGUACCUAUAGUAGCUGUACCAUUUAUUGUUGACCAACAUCUACUAGCUGAACAAAUGAGAGUGCAAAGAUGGGCCACUGUAGUAGAUUUUAAAACAAUCACUGAGCAAAGCUUUUUUGACGCUAUUUAUGAUGUGCUAAAUAAUCCAGAGUACCGCAAAAAUAUACAAAAACUGUCCAGGAUAGUUCGAGACCAGAAAGAAACACCCCUUGAGCGCUCUAUUUUCUGGAUAGAGUACGCAAUGAGGCACAAUGGAACGCAUCACUUAAAUCCAGAAUCAAGAGAUCUAUCUCUAUUCGUACAGUCCUCGCUAGAUGUUCAAUUAUCCUUGCUCUUUAUUGCGUUUAUAUUUUUAGUAGUAACCAUAAUAGUCCCUUUUAAUUUUAAAGAAAUGUUAUUCAGUUAUCAGGGUAAAAAAACAUACAAAAUAAAAUCCAGUUAAAUAGAA